AUGGACCUUAUUAAUCUUCUAGGCUAUCUCUUUAAAACAGAUCCGAAGUUGAAGAAUGUGCAGCUCCCAGAAGAUCCGCUCAGUCUAAAUAUCCCUGAGCUCAUGAAUAUGUUGAAAGAUCCUUCGGUUACGACGAUCAACACACUCCCGUUGGUGCAGGAGCCUUUAGACAUGUGCCUUAGUGUCCCCGACGAUGUGACCAGUACUAAGAUUCAGGCGAUUGCUUCUCAGACUAGCACGCCUAAAGUGCUAGGACAAGCACUAGGAGAGCCUAAUCUACAAGCUGUAAGUCCAACACGUCUACAAAGAUUGAAUCCGCUGAGUAGUACCCUCAAGCCGGUUACUGAUAUUCUUGCCAGUGAUUCGACAUCCGUGUAUGCCCUACAAGAAGUCAGUGACGCCUCUACUGUGCCAAUAACAUGUGCUCUUCCAGACAAGCCAGCUCCCAUGUCUAGCGCCAACAUUGGUACUGUUAAGAAUCAACGGUUAUAUCCUAAUGAGUUCAUAAAGCGUGUGAUCCCCAUUAGCGGAACGUUUUACCUUAGUUACUGUGUAUUUGAUUAUUGGGCCCUAUUCUCUGGGCUUUACACGUCUCCCACGCGUCUCAAAAGAGUGACGACAAAUGAGAAGCCUCGUGCUGCUCCGUAUGUUGAGCUCUUUGAUGAGGACUCCUUUAAGGAAAUUCUUACUGCCAUGAGGGCCAACUUGAAUCUACCGGCGGCAGAUCUUAUUGCAAUUGCAGAUUGGAUAGGCCUGAUCUAUGAUCAUAUACACUUGAAGCGUGCAGGGACAGCAACGAUGACAGGUGAUGACAUAGUCACGCUUCCAUGCUUUGGAAACGGGUUGCUUUUUCUUUUGAUCACUCUGUCUCAACUUUUUCGACGGCUAAAGGAAGCACACUUGGCUGCUUGGGUUGAGGCUCUUUGUAGCUCACAGCUUGACGAAGAACUUCCACCAACUAUAUUGGAAGAUAAAUCUGCGGUUAUUUCCACCGCCCUUCUGGCCAAUCUAGCCUCCAGACACAUAAUGCUACUUGCUUCUUCUCUUUUGGAGCAACUCAACAAGCGAUUUUCUUCGUUUUUUGAGCUGAGCCAUGCCAGAUGGGAAAAACUGAGUACUGAGGUUGAGAAGCUAUACAUAAUAUGUAAAAGUUUCAGCGUAACAACCAGCUUUCUUAGUACAUCUCUUAAUGUAUCAUCUCUGGAAGCAGAACCAGGACUUCACUUGGAUGCUCUCAGUGGAAUUAGCGACAUGACAGAUUACAAGGCAGUUAAUCCAGGAGACACUCAGCCACAGAAGGACUUCUCUCAAACAUCGCUUUCAGAGCGGUUUUGUCUAGCUAUGGAUGCCAUGUUUAAGAUACUCCACUAUAUGUCUGAUUUGGCUGGUGAUAAGUCUCAUCUAUUGAUGAUCGAUCGUCUAGCACUAUUUUCUCCUGCAACCUGCCUGGAUUUUAUAGAAGAGCUCAUAAGGCUUUUAGUGCAAAAUAUGGAUACUCAGAGCUUUUAUGAGGAAUGUGACCCACAGACACUCUACACGUGUUGGUCAGUGGUUGACCUCCUCUACAAAACAUACAUUCAAAGUAUGCUACUUAAGUGCAAACAGACCUACGGCUUUAUAAGCUCUGGGGACGACUAUACUGGUUUGGUCUUCGGCCCGAUUCCUAACACCGACAGUCCCCUGUGCAUUGGCUCAGCCAAGCAAUCGACUCAGGACAUAACAGCGUCUACCACAAAGCGAAAGAGAAGCCUUCGCAAGGACCAUGUGCUGACAACUUAUGACUCUUACAGUUUUUUCCUUGUUAUACUAAAGCUGUGCAACUUUAGGCUAGUACAAAAUCAGGUAUCGUACAAUUCAGUACUAACUUUUCUCAGAGAUUAUGUUAAAAUAGCGGAUAGAAGUGAGGUCGAUGAAGUUUGUUCCAUUAUAGAGCCCUAUCUAUCCGACUAUACGGGCAACUUUCACAGUAAUGGCUACGGGCUACGAUAUACCCUAACCGUCAUGCACAUUAUCUUUUCAAAAUACUACGAGUCCAGCGACUUCUCGUCUCUUCAAUUGGGUCCACAGUGUUCUAAGGCCAUCCUCUCCACACCAGAAGCAAUGUACAUUUAUCAGGUGCGCUUGCAAAAAUACCUCUGUACUGCUGUUACCAGACAAUUAAAUAGGCUUUAUUCGCAGUCAGAAGCUGAGGCAAUUGAUGAGUUAAUGGCCUGCACAAGCAUACAAAACUAUUUGACAGAGUCAUUUGCUGACGAAAUAGAUGUGAUAGAGUUGGAUCUCAACGAUUUGACUGAGUAUACCUUUCAACAAGUCAGUGAAGAGCAUGAUGAAGCACGUGCCCAAAAGCAGGCUGAUAAGGAAGCACUGAAGUCGGCAAUUCAACUGAAUUGCAAGCCCAAUCCUUUUAUUAUUCUAUCGAAGCUAUUCCUCAUCUUGGCUGAUCAGAUAACAGUGGACACCUCGAUUCAUCUCCCCAUUUUUGCUGAUGCAUUCUUUGAUAAUUCAAUAAUGUCUCUGGAACACGGAUUUGGCCUUAGCAGCUUAUUGUAUAAUAUUUACAUAUCUACUAGUUUCUGCUCGGUCUCCCGCUUUGUUGGAAUGCCAUCUCCGCAGCCUGCAAAAUCCCCCCUGGGAUCUCCACUACUAAAGCAGAUACCGGGGCUCCUUUCUGAGUCGUAUUGCGAGCUAGCCACUGAAACAGUUGUCAUGGAGGAAAACGGCGGCAAACUUCGCGUCUCGCCCCUUUCAAUCUAUGCUGGCUUGAUAAUAAAGUUUAUUAAUGAUAAAGUAAGUGCUGCAUUGGUGACCUUCUCCCAAAUGAGCCACGGUCAUCACUUAUCUAAUGUCGACGCCACGAGUCCAUCGCACGAAGCACAUAAUAUUCUAAGCUCUCCUGAGCUAGUUGCAAGCUUGUCAAAGAUAAGGUUUCAAGAGGUUAAAGAUAUGCUCAAGCACAUCGACGCAGCCAUGAUAACUCUAGGGUUAGCAUUUUAUAGGUUUUAUCUUGAGAACAAUACAUACCACACUUGGCUGGAGGGGCACCUACGCGCUGCAUCCAUCACCCAUGCUAAACCCUCUGUUAUCAAGCGAUCUCUUAGCAUUACCUUUCCCCCUGAUAUUUCCAUUAUUCUGGCCACACCAUUGCUUUCACUCUAUAUAACAAGAGAGGCAGAUCACAUCUCGGCUUCUGUUAAGAGAAUAUACGACCAGGAGACUAAUCUGAAUGUGAUGCCUUUCAACUGGCUAAUCACAAACAAGACAUUACAGGAAGCACAGGAAAUAACGGACACCUCCAGGCGAUGCAACGCUUUGCAUUACAAUGCUAGCUCGGCCCCCAUAGAUGGCAUUGAACCGGUCCUACUUUUCUUAGAGUCUAUUUUCAGCAACUUUCAUCUGUCGGCUGCCUGCCUACGAUGCCUAUGUUCGCAAAUCUUGGAUUUAAUCAGGGUUAUUCUUCAGCCAAUAUAUUAUAACAAUAGUAUAGUUGAACGUCACAAACUGCCCACACUUAUGCAGCUGUUUUCCAUCGACCAAGCUCUUCAAGGUAAGAAUAUGAUGAAGCAAAACACCACUAAGAAAUCAGCUUCGUUGUCUACAGAGAGUAGUCCUGGAAGCAUUUUAUCGGAAAAGUCAUUCACUUCUUCCUGCCUAAGUGCUCAAAUCAUUAGCCAGAAGGGAUACAAAAGCAGUUUGGACGUUGCCUCGAGUAUCGCAUAUCAAAAGCUCAGCCACGGAUCGAUUAAGCACAUAUUUUCGUGGGAUGUCGAUAAUACCGGUCAAAGCAUCAACCUGUCAAAGACUGAGCUAUCAGUUGGAAAGCUCACAAUCAGGAAGAGAAUGAACUCUAUAACGCUAAAGGCACGGUCAUACGCAAAUCACCUGAGUCCAGAUGAAUCCGUCAUAUCCUCUAUUCUUCCGAUGGGAAGCGGUGUCCCGUCCGGUGCACUGCUCUUUUCAUCGUGCAAUCUCACAGACCUGCCAAGGAGUUUUUCAGACAUAAUACAAUUGUCUCGCGUCUUUGUCUAUCGAAUCAAUUCUCUAGAAGUGCUGCUUGCACGCAUAGCCUCUGUCUAUGAGUAUCUAAGCUCUAAUUCAGUAUCAUAUGAUAUUGGAGACACCAUGGAAGCGCUGAGCAGCGAUGGCUCACUAGACCUAGAGUCGUACUGGAUUAUAAAUACCAAGAAGGCGCAGGCCACUGCCACUAAGCCAGCUAAGGAUGAAGAUACAAUGCUCCUAGAAUACUUUACCAACAUUGUCAAAGAGAUCCGGUCCACAAUACUGAUGAAUAUAAAAUUGCUGUGUGAGUACAUCAUAAACACGGGCCUGUGUCCUCUUCUCCAGCGAGCAUACUGCCCCGUUGUGAUACAAACGCAGUUGCGUACAGCCUGGUCUGGCCUGGAAAUCGCCCUCAAGGACAUCUAUAGAAAUGUCAUACCAUCUUACAUUAGGUGCAUUGCAGAACACAUCGCAGUUGCUGCAUUAAAUGCACACUCGUUCAUUUUACUGGAUAGCGGACCAAGGGCGCGCACAAUAACCCCUUCUGAUUCAAAGAUACUCAACGAUGACCUCCUUUUCCUUAAAGAGGUGAUAGUGGGAAGUGCCCUCUGCGGAGAGGAAUAUAUAACGGAAUACAAGAGGCUAUUUAAGGCUGCACAUGCUCACGGAGUCAUUGCAUCCAGACUUCCUGGUCUAUACCUGUCGGUUGACGAUGCAGGGGCAGACUACAUAGACUGCAUCCUGAAGCCUUCAUUUGUCUCAGCAAAAGCCGUGCAGGCGGAGGAUCUUGUGUGUCUCCACACGCUCGAGUCAGAGAAGCUAAUGUCUAUGGGGAAUAUUGAAGAUAAUUACAUGCUCCUUGAGCAACUGGACACUCCUAAAAAUCUUAUGACCGAUGUGAUUACCCACAGCGAGUAUGUUGUAAGAGUUUUGAACUUCAGACGUUACUCAGAGCCACUGACUCGCGAGUGGCUUCAUAAGCUUAAGAAGACUAUCAGAAAGUAA